AUGUUAGCAACCGGAGGCGUUAUUGGCCCUGGCUACUUUGUCGGCAUGGGCACUGGUCUUUCAACUGCCGGACCUGCGGGCUUGCUGUUGUGCUUUGCCAUCGUGGGGGUUCUGUUGUGGGCGGUGAUGCAGUCUUUGGGAGAGUUAGGAGCGUUUAUCCCAAUGUCUGGUUCUUUCACCCAUUACACGUCCACGUUUCUCGAUCCCGCCCUUGGAUUCGCUCUUGGAUGGAACUAUUGGCUUCUCUGGGCUGGUAUCAUCAUUGCCGAAUACAGUACGCACUAUGCAUGA